AUGACGAUACCGGUACCACUUGUGUACAUAAACGUGAAAAUAGAGGAUAACCAGUCGAUCAAUCGCAGAACUUAUGACACGGCCUUGUUCGGCAGAGUUGACGUCAUGCAACUCGAGUCACCAAGUUAUUUUUUUCUAGUAAUUUUAAAUUUAGGUUUUGGUAAUGUACAACCCCCGACCAUUAAUCCGGGCCUUUUAACACCAACCCAACAAAUCGGUGAGUGCCAGUCUUGUAAGAUAUUUAUCGAUUCGUUCAAGAUGGGUCUAGAAAGAACUAAGAGAGGUAAAUACGAGGGGGGCGAUGCAGCUUGGGAAGAAGAAAAGUUAAGUAAAUCAUACAAGCGUAGUGAAAUUCGUUUAGUCGAUAUACAGGAAGGUAUAUGCAAAGAAGAAACUAAACACUCUGUCCAGUGCCACCUCAUGGCUGAGAAGGCAGAAGAGUUAAUAGAGGAAUGGUGGGCUCAAGAUCCAGAUGAAUCUGCCGAUUUGUACACCUAUAUUUGUAUAGAUAAAAUGCAAGUGUGCUGUCCAAAACAUCACUACGGCAAAAACUGCUUACCCUGUCCCGGUGAUCAUGACAACAUUUGUAACGGCAAUGGAAAAUGUAGGGGAGACGGUACAAGGAAAGGUAACGGAACUUGUCUAUGUAAUCCAGGAUACUUUGGAGAGAAUUGUGUCCAAUGUGCUGUAGGGUAUUAUCACGAGGAACAAAAUGGUGUAGAUAAAUGUCUCGAAUGUCACCCGUAUUGCUUAGGUGGCUGUCGAAAUGGAACACAAUUAGACUGCGUAGCUUGUAAGCCUGGAUUUGUCUUUGAUAUAAAUAAUGGCUGUAUGGAUGUCAAUGAAUGUGACGAUGUUAAGAAAUGUGCAGACAAUCAGUUCUGCUUGAAUACAGUAGGAUCGUAUCUAUGUAGAGAUUGUGAUCGAGCAUGUAUCGGGUGCUACAGUGAUGGACCCGACGCCUGCAGUAAAUGUGCGGAGGGGUAUUACAUGAAAGGAGAACUUUGUAUAUCUGAUAGAGACAACGAUGAACAGGAAAAAAUAAUGACAAAUUCAAGGUUCAUGAGCUAUCUCGGACUGAUUGUAGCGACUGGCAUUAUGCUUCCUAGAUCGACCACCUUGGGCAGCAUGGUCGGUAUAAUGGUGCUAUCAUACAUUAUGGGUUCAGAAUACUACUGCAUGAUAAAUGGACAUACAGGGCUCGUCGAUCUCACUCAAUUCGACCUUUUUAGAAUAUUUAAAUUGUAAGUUUAUUUAUUGUAUGUGUUUAAUACACAUUGUAUGAUUGAGUUUG